AUGUUCCCUCCUCCCACCUCACAAUUCCCUCCAUAUUCCUCGACCUCCUCCGCCAACUCGACAUCAGCCUCUCUCCCGGUCUCCGCAUCAGCACCGGCAAACCCCGGCCCAACGUACCGUAAGACGGUCCGCUUCCAGACGACGCACGAUGCGACCAAGAGCAUAAACAAGCAAGGUCCCAGCGGCAACGUCCCUGGGUCCAGUUUGCCACCGGCAGGCGCAGGAGCUCGCGUUUCGAAUGGAUAUCACGCCUCCGCCACAUCAUCCCCUCCCCUCGCGGCAGUAGGAAGCGCUUUACCUAGCAACGGCAACGGCAACGGAACCGCAAACCACCAAACGAGCUAUAAUACCAACCACAACAACAAUGGCGGCGGCGGCGGCACGCUAGGGAGCGGCCCACCAAGCUACGACGGCGGCGAUUUCGACCGCGGUUCUAGCAGCAGCGGCGGCGGCGGCGACGGACAGGUUGCACGGCCGUCCCUGCUACAACCACGCGUUGCUGUUGUGCUUGGUCUGCCGAGCCUGUGGCACCUGCCGCUGUUUGCCUGCCGCUCACUCUCCGUAUGUCCGGCCAUCUGGUGGAGCCUGGGCAUCUUUAUUCGGCUGCUGGCGCAGCUACACGCACUGGCCGUGGCGCGCGGUGUCUUUGGCGAGGUUGACCCAAGCAGCGGCAGUGCCGGGGGUGGCUUUGGGAGCAGUGUGCCCGGCGUUGAUGCGAUUGCAGCCGGUUUGGGGAACCUGCCGGACCGUGGUGCUGGGCUGUCGCUCGAGAGCCGGCUGAAGCUGACGGAGACGGCGCUGGCUAUGAUCUGGGCGACCAUUGUCCGCCUGCUCGCCAUCAACGCGCUGAACGGCUACCUCACGUCGUGGGUGAUCUACCUCAUGGGCAGCGGCGGUGACUCGCGCCUGCUGCUGCCUGCCUGGGUCGCCAUUGCCGCCAUCCUGACCGGCCUCUACCACGGCACGCAGCGCAAGAUUAACAUUCGCAAGGAGACGUCCAUUUCCAUCAGCGUCUUCUCCGGCGCCAGCUUCAUCAGCAUGGUCUCGCUACUGGCGCAGCUCUAUUGGGACCGGCCCGAGUACGUGGACGUGCCGGUCGUGGCGCUGACACGGCGCGUGUGUACCGAGGCGGCACGCAUCGCUGGCAACCUGUUUGAUAUUGGCAACAUCACAAUGGAUCUUUGA